AUGGGAACAGGUGGUGGAGGAAUGAAAGCUUAAUCAUUAUAGGAUUAGUUAAAGUAAUAGCAAAUGAAGCAAGUCAAAUCAACAAAAUACCCUCCUUUUUCUGAGAAUGAAGUAUUCGUUCUAAACAAAAAAUUUACUAUUCUUGAUAAAAAUAAUAGACAAUCUAUUAAAAUAGAAGAAUUUAAAGAGUUAUUAGAAAUCAGAAUGCAUUUCUUUAGAGAAAGAAUCUACGCAUUGAUAGAGGACGAUAUGAAGAAGUAUAUCUUCAAAUAUAGUCUAUAGACGAAAAACAGAAACAAUGGAUUUUGCAACAUUUAUGAAAUAUUUAACUAUUUUUCAUCCAUUAGCAGAUGUAGAAAUGAAGAAAGAUUACAUGUUUAAAAUAUAUGAUUUAGAUUAAGAUGGUAAAAUAACAAAGGAAGAUUUAACAGAAGUUUUUAAGAUUUUAUUUAUGAAAAGUUAAUCAUCAGGAAUUUAGAAAAAGUCAAUGAGACCUUAAAUAUUUUAAACUAAUUUUAUGAAUAAAGAUUAUGUUGAAAAACUAGGAAAAGAUAUUAUGAAUAUUGUAGAUGAUGAUAAAUCAAAUUCAAUUGAAUUAGAUGAAUUUGUUAAAAUGUUUACAGAUACAGACUUAAAAUUUAGAAUGAAUAUUGUAUUUUGA